UAUUCUUCGUCAAUAAUUAGCAGAUCGACAGACUCAAAGCAAAGACCCACAAAUUAAGCGAGAGAUAUGGAAACCGAAAUCCUCCUGUUGUGCAUUACCCUCUUCUUCUUCUUCCUCCUCCGGCGGUUGCUCCUUAAAUCUCACUUCAAAAAGCUCCCACCCGGCCCAACCGGUCUCCCAAUCAUUGGCAAUCUCCUCCAACUAGGCCCCAGCCCCCAUGAGUCCCUCUCCCAGAUGGCCAAGCUCUACGGCCCCCUCAUGUCCCUCCGCUUAGGCUCCGUCACCACCAUCGUCGCCUCCUCCCCGGACGCCGCCAAAGAAAUCCUCCACACCCACGACCAAAACUUCGCCAACCGCCCCGUCCCCGACUCCGUCGCUGCUCAGCCCAACCCCGAAGACACCCUAGCCUGGGUCCCCGGAGACCACCGCUGGCGCAACCGCAGGCGCAUAUGCAGCACCCAAAUGUUCACAGCUCAGCGCCUUGACUUCCUCCAACACCUCCGCCACCGAAAGGUCCACCAACUCCUCGCCCACAUGGAAAAGCACUGCCACGCCGGCACGCCAGUCGAUAUAGGCUCGCUUGCCUUCGCCACCACGUUGAAUCUAAUGUCCAACACGAUCUUCUCCGUCGACAUAGUCGACCCGGACUACGUGGCGGCUCAGGAAUUCAAAGAGCUGGUUUGGAGGAUCAUGGAGGACGCCGGGAAGGCCAACGUUUCGGACUAUUUUCCGAUGCUGAAGAGGUUCGAUUUACAGGGAGUGAGGCGGCAUGUGCAGGCUUCGUAUCUGAGGCUGCAUGAGAUAUUUGAUGAGAUAAUAGAAGAGCGAUUGAAAGUACGAGUGUCAGAUGAGAGCACGGGGCAUGGUGAUUUCUUGGACGUACUUCUUGAUCGGUGCCAAGAAGAUGGGUCCGACUUCACUGUUGAAAACAUCAAGCCCCUGAUUCUGGAUUUGUUUAUCGCCGGAAGUGAUACAUCCGGAUCGACCACAGAAUGGGCAAUGGCAGAGCUUCUGCAUAACCCUGAAACACUACAAAAGGCACGAAAGGAACUUCUGGAAGUGAUUGGUCCAGAAAGGGAGAUUAAAGAAUCAGACAUCGAUCGACUUUCAUACAUCCAUGCAAUUGUGAAGGAAACCUUGCGCCUUCACCCGCCCGUUCCCCUUCUCUUGCCUUACCUUGCUGAAAACAAUGCAGAAGUGUGCGGUUACACCAUUUACAAAGAAAACCAAGUUCUAAUAAAUGCAUGGUCUAUCAGCAGAGAUCCUCAGUACUGGACUGAUCCGUUGUCGUUUAAGCCUGAACGGUUCUUGGGAUCCAACGUUGAUUUCAAGGGCCGAGAUUUCGAGUAUAUACCAUUUGGCGCUGGCCGGAGGAUUUGCCCGGGCUUGCCGCUGGCUCAUAGAAUGGUUAACUUGAUGCUCGCUUCCAUUUUGCAUGCAUUCAACUGGAAGCUUCCCAAUGGAAUCACCCCGGAGAACCUUGACAUGACUGAGCAAUAUGGAAUCACGUUGAAGAAGGCUGUUUCUCUAUGUGCCAUUCCCUACAUAGAAGGAAAAAAAGAAUAAAUGAAUAGAUUUUAAAGGGGUAAGUAUGACAAUAUACUUAUCAUCUUGAGAAACCUUUACUUACACUCUCCCCGAAGUAUAAGCGGUUUUGCAAUCAUGUGUUUAUAAAAAAAAAAAAAGGGGUUGCAACAUAGGAUACUGACUGACGUUAUAAAUUUUUAAACGUCAACAGGUUAUGAUUGCAAAAUUACUUAUACUUUGGAGGGUGUAAUUGAAGUUUCUCAUAUUAUCUUUUGGACAUUUAACAAUGUGUUUAUGGCUUUCCUUUUCAUUUUUCUCUGGUGAACUAGUUAGGGUUUGAAGCCAUGUUGUUCCACCUCAUUGUCUGUUACUUCUGUUGUAAAUGUAUUGGUGAGACAUUAUUGUUCUUAGCUUCA